ACAAGAGAAAACAUAAUCAAUAAUUUACCAACUAGAUGAUUCUAAUUGCAUGUUGUAUAUUCAACCAAUCAUCAUGAUCAACAAUAUGAUGAUAACAAUAAAAACGAUUGGACCAUAAAAGGCAUGGAGAUAAAUAAAAGGUGAAGGGCUGGUUACCCUUAAUCAUGAGCAAUCAAAAGUGUUUACCUGUUGAAAAGUUAAGAAUCACAUUAGACAAAAGUUAAUCAUCACCUAAAAAUGGACGGAAAGUUAAUCAUGAUUAUCAAUUGGGAUGAAAAUAAAGAAUCACAAACAAUUAAAAAUGUCCAGUGCAGUUUGGGUUAUGAUAACAGUUCCCACCAAUAAGGAACCAUUGGAAUCGUCGACAACAACUGAUCAAUCAAAGACAAUUAAAUCAAUUUCAAUCGGCACAGUUACUAAAUCAAAUGAAGGAAAUCAUUUGGCUCUACCUGUUGAUGAUAAGAAAAAGGAUCAAAUUGAACUUCCGAUUCAAACGAUUUUAGAAAAAACUCUCAAGGAAUUAGAGAUUAACAAUGCUGCCUGGAUUAAGAGUACAGAUGAUAAACUUUUCCAUGUUUACUUUGCCUGCGAUGUUGAUGAAAGUGAUUCCAUAAUUUAUCACAUUCAAAUGCAAGGAAUUGGGAGUUUACCACAAACAUUUAUCGGAAUCAUUCCAUUUGCUUUGGCUUAUCAAGCAGAAGAAGAUGCUGAUGUUUUUCUGGACGAAACAAAUGAUCUGAAACCAGACGAAUCGGUUAAAAAUGACCUGACCAAGAAGCAGAGUGGGUUCAAGACGAUGCAGGAAACUUUUCUCAAAUCAGUAACUGCCCGAUUAACUGUGGCUCAAGUAGUGGCCAGUGUCCAGUCUGGUGCUGAGAUGACCUUUGACUUUGUUUGCUAUGUCCUUUGUGCUGCUUGGUUGGCAGCAUUGGGUUUAAUGGAGUCCGAUGUUGUUACACUGGUGGCAUCCAUGUUGGUCUCACCUUUAAUGGGUCCAGUUAUGGCGAUGACUUUUGGUUUAAUUGUUCGAGAUGAAAAGUUACGAAAUAUUGGAAUUAGAAAUGCAAUCAUUGGGUUCGGCUCAGCAAUACUUUUUGGAUUCUUUUAUGGUUGUUUGUUACUUAAUUUUACUAAUGAAUAUAAUUCAUCGACAACAUGGCCAACGGCUGCAAUGAGAAGUCGAGGUCAAUUGAGAUCACUUUGGGUCGGUGGGUUAAUCGCUUUACCUUCGGGUGCUGCGGUCGCUGUGUCAAUGUUGUCGGGUAAUCAGGCUUCGCUCGUUGGUGUUGCGAUUUCGGCCUCAUUGUUACCGCCAUGUGUUAACUCAGGUCUAUUAUGGUCUUUCUCUUUCCUUCGAGCGAUUCGUGCACUCAAUGAGGACUAUAUUAGCACCGAUAACAAUGCGACCUUAACUAAACCAUCACUCGUUUUGGAUCCAAAUUAUGAAGUUUCUUAUUCAACUAAUUUCUCAUAUGAAUGUUUCUGGCUUGGGUUGGUCAGCCUCGGCUUGGCGACGGUCAAUGUUAUUUGUAUCCUACUCAUGUCUUGGUUACUAUUGAAGAUUAAAGAGGUUUCACCAGUUGAUGAAAAAUCGUCGGCAACAUCUCGUUUCUGGAAAGAAGACAUAAAAAUAGCUCGAGAAUAUAACAAAACAGUUCGAGAGCGCAAACGUUCAUUACAUCAAGAUCUUCUAGUAGAAUGGGCUGAAAUGAAUGGAUUAGACCCACAAGAACUACUCAGUGAACCGGAAGCUCGAGUAGCUCAAUUGGCGACAUUUAAAGAUAUGGUCAAGGAUGUUGAAGAAGAUGAAGUUUUCCAACAAAUUGUGAUGCAUAAAAGACCCAAAUCUGAUUGGAGAAAGAUGAGUAUUGCUGCCGUAGAAAGUUUUAAACUCGACGGAACUCGAAAUAAAAGUUCUUCUAGUGUCUCUAUCGAAAUGGACCAUCGAGAGUUAAGAGGUCCAAGACGAUCGAUUGCUCUUCCAUCUCCUUCGCCGAGAUCAAUCUUAGCAAAUCAGACUAGCGAUCAAUCACCUCGAAAUUCAAGCAGUGGAGCUAAAAACUAUUCGAUUAGUACAAUCAGUGGAUUGAAUCAACACGCAGAUAUAUCAGAUUUCCAGCAACGUCGACGACAAAGUAGUGCCCAGUUACGAAAAUCGUUACGAAUUUCUGAUCAUUCUCCUCAUAGUGUUUGGCCUCGUCGAAAUUCAGAUGUUCAUAAGUUGAUGCCAACGAAUCCGGUGGCCAGUGAGUUCGCUAGACGAAGUCGAAAGAUGCGUUCGACCGGCGAAAGUUCAGAACACGAUUAAAGCUCGUUAAUCAAUCGUUAAUCAUCUAAACAAGUGAAUAAAUAAUCAACUAGAAUAAAUUUUAAUACAUCAAUAGUUUAUUACCAUCAAAUAUGAAAUUAAAGUACUUACAAUUAGCAACAAUUAACAGAGUGGCCAUUAAAUCAAUCUCAUAAUUCACCAUCGAAGUCAGUAAAUGUUUCAAAAUCCAAAACAAUUAAAGUAAAUUGUCAUAACAUUUAGAGUUUCAAACUUUCCGGAAGUUUAGGUUAAUCAUUAACUAAUUUCUAACUAAAUUGUUACAAUAAUAUUGACGAUAAGCUCCUUAACUUUAAUUACAACUCCAUUGUUGGGUUAAUUUGAUUACACUUACUUAUUUAAUCUGAAUCAAUUUCCUAAAUGAGAGUUUUCAUUCAAUCAAACUAAUUACAACGAAAAUUAAUCCAAUACAAUUGUGAUUAACUUAAAUUUUCCUGUUCACAAUACAAAUCAUGAGCUUCCAAUGAUCAUUAAUCAAACCUCCAAUAAUAAAUUGUUCAUCACAUUUUUCAACAAUAAAAAUAUCCAAGACAAUCAAGUAAACAAUUAACUAAAAAAUUUAAUUACCUUUGCUAAUCAUCAACAUCUCAUAUCAAUGUAAACAAAUUGAUUGCAUAUAAUUAUAACUAAAUGAAUACAAAUUGCCAACAAUUAGAUGAUGAUUGUUAGAUUUUAAAAUAAACAUCUUUAUAUACAAACCUUAAUACUAAAUGAAAUUACAAAAUCAAUUUUAAUUGCUGCCAAUUUGAUGAUCAAUUUAUAUAUAUAAAAAAAAAUGAAUGCAAAUUAAUCUGUCAAACUAAAUUAACUCACAAUCAAUAAAACAAAAUGAACAUGAACAAUUUGUAUUUGUUGAUUAGUCUAUCAGUUAACUGUUUAUUGUGAUGCUAUUGAUAAUUUUUAUCAUCAUUAACCAUCAACAAUUAACUUUACAACAAUCAAGAUGGAUAAACAAUCGUAAAUUGUUCAACCAGUAUUAUACCAACACCUUAAUUUCAACUUUAAUUUUGAUUUUGUUUAUUGUUAUAUUCACUUGAUUACCUGUUUUCUGUUAUCAUCAUCAUCAUCAUCAUUAGUUAAUUGUAUGUCAUCAAUAAUUUAUCAUCCAAGUUCCGGUUAACUAGUGGCCAUUUUUAUUUAACGAAAAUUUCAUCAGCUGAUAAAAAUAAAUUGUUGCUCAUCUUAUUUUCACUAUCAGGUGAGAAGAUUAUAUUUAUCAUCAUCAUCUAAGAUGAUUAAUCCAUCACUUAAUCAAGAAAAGCAACAAUCAAAAAUAAUUAGAUGAUCAAUGUUAUUGGAAAUAAUUAAAUAUUGAUUGAUUCAUUUUCAUAUACAUAUUGAUGGUUUGGUAAAACAAUUAAUUAUUA